AGAGCCUCCUAGCCCGUCUGUGUCUGUGCCCAUCGAUCCCUUCGUCUAUCCCCGACCAUGGCGAAGCUGAUUGCGCUCACCCUCUUGGGGAUGGGACUGGCACUCUUCAGGAACCACCAGUCUUCUUACCAAACACGACUUAAUGCUCUCCGAGAGGUACAACCCGUAGAACUUCCUAACUGUAAUUUAGUUAAAGGAAUCGAAACUGGCUCUGAAGACUUGGAGAUACUGCCUAAUGGACUGGCUUUCAUUAGCUCUGGAUUAAAAUAUCCUGGAAUAAAGAGCUUCAACCCCAACAGUCCUGGAAAAAUACUUCUGAUGGACCUGAAUGAAGAAAAUCCAACAGUGUUGGAAUUGGGGAUCACUGGAAGUAAAUUUGAUUUAUCUUCAUUUAACCCUCAUGGGAUUAGCACAUUCACAGAUGAAGAUAAUGCCAUGUACCUCCUGGUGGUGAACCAUCCAGAUGCCAAGUCCACGGUGGAGUUGUUUAAAUUUCAAGAAGAAGAAAAAUCGCUUUUGCAUCUAAAAACCAUCAGACAUAAUCUUCUGCCUAAUUUGAAUGAUAUUGUUGCUGUGGGACCUGAGCACUUUUAUGCCACAAAUGAUCACUAUUUUCUUGACCCCUACUUACGAUCCUGGGAGGUGUAUUUGGGUUUAGCGUGGUCAUAUGUUGUUUACUAUAGUCCAAGUGAAGUUCGAGUGGUGGCAGAAGGAUUUGAUUUUGCUAAUGGAAUCAACGUUUCACCUGAUGGCAAGUAUGUCUAUAUAGCUGAAUUGCUGGCUCAUAAGAUUCAUGUGUAUGAAAAGCAUGCUAAUUGGACUUUAACUCCAUUGAAGUCCCUCGACUUUAAUACCCUCGUGGAUAACAUAUCUGUGGAUCCUGAGACAGGAGACCUUUGGGUCGGAUGCCAUCCCAAUGGCAUGAAAAUCUUCUUCUAUGACUCAGAGAAUCCUCCUGCAUCAGAGGUGCUUCGAAUCGAGAACAUUCUAACAGAAGAACCUAAAGUGACACAGGUUUAUGCAGAAAAUGGCACAGUGUUGCAAGGCAGUACAGUUGCCUCUGUGUACAAAGGGAAACUGCUGAUUGGCACAGUGUUUCACAAAGCUCUCUACUGUGAGCUCUAACAGACCGAUUUGCACCCAUGCCAUAGAAACUGAGGCCAUUAUUUCAACCGCUUGCCAUAUUCCAAGGACCUAGCGUUCUUAGCUGAACAAUGAAUGCUGACCCUAAAUGCGGACAUCAUGAAGCAUCAAAGCACUGUUUAACUGGGAGCGAUAUGAUGUGUAGGGCUUUUUUUGAGAAUACACUAUCAAAUCAGUCUUGGAAUACUUGAAAACCUCAUUUACCGUAAAAAUCCUUCUCACUAAAAUGGAUAAAUCAGUUAUGCCAAUUGUCAGAUAUUAAAUAACAGUGUGUGACCCCAAAAGUACUUACCCUAAAACAUGUGUUGCCUGAAAGCACAUGUGUGUAUUGCUGCCUUGCCAUGUCUUGUUCAGAAGACACAGGGGAGCAGGGUUAGCUCACAUGUCUUUAGAACUCCAGUACUCACCCAGGGACUCCAGUUCACAGGCCAGCAAACAUACGCAUUAUGAAGUUCCCCUCUACUCCACGCACAUAGUAAGUCUGACUAUGGCAGUCAGACUUACUCCCAUUUUCCCUUCGAUAUAUGACUUUCUCAGUAAAUAUUAACCUGAAUUAUUCCAACUCCCCUUGUACUCUUGCUUUUUCAAUUCUCCUGUUGCAAUGACACAUAGGAAAAUCUUAAAAUUCUUGGGAGUGUUGUCACACCUGAAAAUUAUGAGUCUCUAUGAUCUUGGCACAAAUUGUACAUUAGAGUGUCUUUGACUUGGUGAAAGGAAGUUUGUUCGCUUUGAUGAUUGGAUACAGAAUGAAUCCCAUAAUUGACUCGGUCAAAGCUACAAGAAGUGUCCCCAAAGACUACACUGUUAUUGAGGUGGUGGUAGUGCUGGUGGGUUUUUGUUUAAUAUUUAAACUUGUUGUGGGGGCUGAAAAGAAAAAAAAUAGAAAGGUAAACAAGUAGAAAAGAUCAACAACCCCUUUGGCUAUCUUCUGAGACAUGACUAGGAAGAAAACAUGACUUUACCAUUUUGUUAUAGAGGCUGAUAUAUAAAGGUUACCCAUUUUCAUUUAUUUGUUUUUCUGUUUUGAAGGUAUAACCUUCAUGAUGAAUUACUUCUUUGAGGUGUUAAGGCAGUGACUUUAGAAACAAAUUUCUCGUUUUUGUUUUGUUUUUGAGACCGAAUCUCACUCUGUUGCCCAGGCUGGAGUGCAGUGGUGCGAUCUCGGCUCACUGCAACCUCUGCCUCCCAGGUUCAAGAGAUUCUUGUGCCUCAGUCUCCCGGGUAGCUG